AUUUUGAGUCAAAAUAUGUCGUAGCGUUAUUUUAUUGAACACAGUUGUGGGCUGGUUGUCUGAUCAACACGGUACAUUCUCGUGGGCUUUCUAAAUUCUGGAGAUGGUUCAGUUGGAGGUCUGCAUCCCGGUUGAAGUUGAAGGGAAGUAUGGGGAAUAUUACCCAGGUGUUAUAAAUGGGCUGAGGUCCUUAGAGGAAUAUAAUGUAACGCUUCUGGAUUCAACCCACACGAAAGCCCUUGUGGAAUUUACCCUCCCUCCCUCAUCUCUCCGACUUCCGCCUAAAGAUCCUGGAGCAGUCUUAGAGCCAGUACAAGGACAUGAAGUUGACGUGUUGAUUAGCUGUUCCGGAGAUCAGUCAACAGAGGUCGAGUCAUCAGGUGAUUCCACUGCUUCCAAGCUUUCAGCAUGGUGGCCGGCUGUUGUCAGGAAAGUUGGUGGAAGCUUUGUUAUCGUUGAAUUGGCGGCUGAUUUCUCUGUGCAAAAUGGCAGUUCGGACGAAAUAGCUGUGCUCUCCAACAAUCGCAUUAGUGUCCCCCAUUCGUCGUCUCUAGAGAAGACUGAUAUUGUGGAAAAGCAUCAGUUAAGGCCACGAAGUCAUCAUCAUAAUCUCAGUGCAUCAUCAUUCCAUAUGCACGCUAUUGAUAUUCCAGAUGAGCUUGCACCAUAUUGCAAGGAACCUGCCAAUUAUUAUCAUUUUGCUAGAAGGUGUGGUCUCCCUGUCCUUAUCACAUUAGCACCUGACACCCUUAAACCUACAUCCCCAGUUACGAAAGGAGACAAUGAAACCUAUAACUUGAUGUCGCGACUGCUAGUUAUUUCUACGGAUCUUUCUACAGUAAACAGGGCAUCGGUUAUCGAUAAUACUUUUGUGGAUAUGUUGCGACAAAAAGUGUCUAUUUUGCAGCAAACUGAGGAAUUGUCCAAAAAGUUGGUAGCUUCACGUCUCAAUCAGCAGUCACCCUAUGUGGAGGAGUUUCUAAUUCCAUUGGAUCUAAUUCAUCAUGCGAUUGGUGCACAGGGCUUCAACAUUAAACGUGCCAGUGCGAUUGAUGGUGUGCUGUCUGUCAAACUCGAUCGUCAAACCGGUAAUAUCCGAAUAUCCGGAAAGACUGAGGAAGCUGUUAAGAAUGCCAAAAAAUUGCUUGACUUCUCUCAAGAAGUCGUCCAGAUACCGAAGUCAUAUGUUGGUCCUAUCCUAGGAUCAGGCCGUCGUCAUGUUCAGCAUAUUGUAGAUCGUGUAGGAUUGGUUGGAAUCAAAAUUUCUAAACCUUCCGAAGAGGAUCAUGAACACGUUUCAUUUCAGUUAACAGGCACUCAACAGGCCAUACGUGACACACAGUUGUUUUUGGAAUUUCAAGUUGAAAGUUUGCAGGAGUUGGAUCGGCUUCGGGGUGUUGAAAAUCCACCAUCCAUAUUAAAAUCCAAGGACGUGGUCGCACAUGUUGAGGAUAUUCCAAGCAACGACGAAUCAUUGAAUUCUCCUACUCAUCCUGAAAAUGGUCAUGUCUCAAAUAAAGAUGGUUAUAAUUCAUCAAGUUGUUGCUCAAAUAAAGAAGACGAGGAAAAAAAUGAGUCUGAACACAACAGCCAUGCUGGAGGAGGGCGUCAGAUGAAGCCGAGAUCUCAAGCCAACCAUAAUGCCCACACUAGACAAGAUGUACGUCAAGUCCCCAGUAAUCAACGAGGUGGUGCUGCGGGCAUUCAGAAUUCUGGAAGUGGUCAGUCAAAACCUGCUGCAAACCAUUUAAAUGCCAAAAACCCAGCUCAAAAAAGGAAUCAACAAGUAACAGGUCAUCCAGGUUCUGCUGGACCAAGGAGACAAAAUAUUUGUGCUCCUAUGGCCAGCUAAACAAUCUUCUAUUGCGUUCAGCAUGCUUUUCUCGUAAGAAGUUAAAAUUCAUUUCUGAAAAGUACCUGCCUUUACCUCUGCUUCGACGAUCCGAAAAUCAACCUUUGAUCAGUUCUCACUCAUUUCAGUCGUCCUGUCCUGUCUCUACAGCUUCGUAUUUUUUUCUGUGUAAAUCAGAUUGGAUAACUUGUUGAACGAUUUAGGAAAAAAAAAUAAUGUCCUCUCCUCUUUUAGUGCAUAUUGCUGUCUUUCCCUGGUGAUAAUCAAUUAUUCCUUCACAGCCAGUUCUAACUGCUAACCAUGUACUGUACAUUGUUUCCACUAAUGUCUCUGGAAUCACCAGAAAAUGAAAUCUCUAUUUGCCUGAUUAUUACACAUUUCUAGUAAAUAUACUUCCUGUACUCUGCAUGAAACCAGACUCGAAGAACUGUAUCACACACUUCAGCUUAUUAUUUCAAAUCAAUGUACAAAUUACAAGUCGUUUGAAGGUUACACUGUAAUUGCUUAGUUUGCACUAUCCUUUUUCAGCACAUUGAUUACAUACAUAUCCUAUGCUG